CUGUGAAGCACACGAGGUAUAUAUACAGGGAGGAAAUUGUGAUUCCAUCUCUUUCUCUCAACGAAUUCAACAGCGCUAGAAGAAGCUUGGGAGAGCCUCAGUGAAGAAACAGUGAAGAGACAGCCAUGGCUACCAAAAAGGGACUCCUUCAGCGUUUGGACGAGGGCGUGGUGAUCGGCGAUGGCGGCUUCGUGUUCGCCCUGGAGAAGCGUGGCUACGUGAAGGCGGGUCCCUGGACGCCUGAGGCCACCAUCGAACAUCCCGAGGCCGUACGACAGCUUCACCGGGAGUUCUUGCGUGCUGGAGCUGACGUGAUGCAGGCGUUCACCUUCUACGCCUCGGAUGACAAACUGGCCAACAGGGGUAACGAGUCAAGCAAAAAGUAUACGUGUCGAGGUAUCAACGACGCAGCUUGCAGACUCGCCCGUGAGGUUGCAGAGGAGGGUGAUGGCCUGGUUGCCGGAGGCCUCUCCCAGACCCCUACCUACCUGUCAGGUCUUGGCAAGGAGAAGACGCAGAGGGAAUUCCAGAAGCAAGUAGACGUCUUCGUGGAAAAUAAGGUGGACUUCCUUAUUGCUGAGUACUUCGAGCACGUGGAGGAGAUGGAGUGGGCCAUCGAGGUGUGCCUUAAGUCCGGCAUGCCCGUCGUGGCCUCCAUGUGCAUUGGACCCGAGGGCGACCUGCACGGCAUCUCGGCUGGGGAGUGCGGCGUCAGGAUGGCCAAGGCUGGGGCCCACGUGGUGGGCAUCAACUGCCACUUCGACCCGUUCGUGACCGUGCAAGGACUCCGCCUCAUGAAAGCCGCCUUGGACCGAGAGGGGCUCAAGGUCCACCUCAUCGCCCAGCCUCUCGCCUUCCACACUCCCGACGCAGGCAAACAGGGCUUCAUCGACCUCCCCGAGUUCCCCUUCGGUCUGGAGCCUCGUAUCUGCACGCGGUGGGACAUGCACAAGUACGCCCGCGAGUGUUACGACCUCGGCGUCCGCUACAUCGGCGGCUGCUGCGGGUUCGAGCCCUACCACAUCCGCGCGGUGGCCGAGGAGCUGGCCAAGGAGCGAGGGAAGUUCCCGAAGGGCUGCGAGAAACACGAGCCCUGGGCUGGCGGUCUCAAGAUGCACACGAAGCCCUGGGUUAGAGCGAGAGCUGGACGCGAGUACUGGGAGAACCUCCGACCUUCCUCCGGCCGACCAUACAGCGCCGCCAUGUCCAAGCCUGACAACUGGGGGGUGACCGCCGGCGAUGACAUCCUCAAGCAGAAGACCGCAAGCACCACCGAAGACGAGAUCAAACUCCUCAAGACCAAGAAGACCAAAGCCUAAGGGAAUGACGCUAAAGAAGGGAGAAAGAGAGAGAGGGAGAGAGAGAAAGACAGGAAGAGGAGAAGGAACAUUGGAUAGAAAUAAUUUAGCCAGAUUAAUCGUAAUCAGCGUAGGCCGAUUGCGUUGAAGAAAUAACUUAAAAAAAAAACUUGUGAGAAUAGACCUCUGAGAGGGAUUCUUUUCUAGGAUGAGUUUUAUACAUCCAUUACUGUACGUACAAUCAGUAUGCCUUUUGAGAUUUUAAGAUUGCAAAAAAAGAUUGCAAAUUGAAUGUGUACGUGUGCUUGGCGUAAGUGUUUGCUGUUGAUUCCUUACACACCAGGUAAUGUGAAGUGUGGUUUUUAUCUUAGGCAGUUUGUGUAUGGUGUGGAAAUAUGAAUAAUUGUAUUCAUAUAAAUAUGGGCAGUUUGAGUGCAUGAAACUUUAACUGUGGAAUGUAUGAUCAGUAUAUGAAAUAAUGACGUUGGCUUCGUGUUUUCAUAAACAUGAGGAUUAAUUGCAUGUAAACAAAUAAAAUAUUUUUAAUGUAUAAA